UGGGGCUACAGCUCAGACCUGCACCCCGCCCGCCUGGCGCAGCACCAUGCCUGUCCGUGCGGGUCACCUCUGCUGGCUGGCCUCAGCCCUCCUCCUCGGGGUGCUGCUGCUGGGCCUCCCCCCAGCUUCAGGUGAGCGGGGCGGGGAGAGGCCCAGCUGGGCGCAGCCAGGCAUGGGCGUAGCCUCUUUGGAGACUGGGGCCAUGACAAUUAAAACGAGGGGGCCUACAGCUAGAAUCUCUGCAGAGACCAGGAAAGCUCCUGAGACCCGACCUGUGACGACCUUCACUCCCAGGACCGAGCGGGAGGCCCCCCGUGGCAAGCCUCAGUCGACCCAUGCAUUCCCAGGUGGGGGAGACCCGGGCAGGAGCCUCGCGCCCCGCGCCCGCUUCUCCCGCACAAUAGGGGAAAAAUCGGGCGUGUGCCCCAAGCUGCGGGGCGAUCGGAACUGCACCCGGGAGUGCCUAGACGACCGAGGCUGCGCCAGCAACCGCAAGUGCUGCCCGGCCGGCUGCGGCGCCCUCUGCGCCGUGCCCAACGAAAAGAUAGGCACCUGUCCCAGUGUGAAGUUACCCCAGCUUGGAAUCUGCCAGGACCAGUGCCAGGAGGAUAGCCAGUGUCCCGACAAUAUGAAAUGCUGUCGCAAUGGCUGUGGAAAAGUGUCCUGUCUCACACCCGACUUCUGAGCUUCAGCUACCACCAGCAUGAGGAGUGGGGAGGUGAUGUUUCUGCUUGGCCAUGAAUCCGCCCUCAUCCCUGCCGCGCUUUCCACUCCCUGGCCUCUUUCCCCAUUCCUUCCUCCCUUUCCCAUCCAAUAAAGUGACCACUUUCAGCAUC